AUGGUUGCUUUCUAUGAAUUUUUAUAUUUAUUCAAAACGAAAUGCGUUUUAGCAGCGCACAACUGCAAGUUCGAUUACACAAGAUUGUUAAUGGCAAUGAAGAAGACGUUCAUGGAGACUUAUUUUAAAUCAAUUAUUUUUGGCUUUGUCGAUACCUUACCGCUAAUAAAAAAAUGUACGCAAAAAAAAGGAAAAGGACAAAAUACAUUAGUCACGGUCGCAAACAAUUUGCAAAUUGAAACUAGUCAAGCACACGAUGCUCUUGCAGAUGUACUUAUAUUAGAAAAAGUAGUCGCAAAAUUUAAUAUUUCAUAUGAGACAAUGAUUAAUUGUACUGUAUGUAUGAUCGAUAUCGUUCAACAGCAAAAUGUGAAUGCACAAAUACGUAAAGCUUUAAAAAAUCUCAACGUAUUAAAUUCAUGUACUUCUAGUGGUAUUCGCAAAAACAUUGCUGCUGCUCAAAUCUCUUACGAAAUGAUUUUGAAGUCCUAUGAAGAUAAUAAGCUUCAAGGAUUACAAAAUCUAUUAGGUAAUAAAGAAAAUGGUAACAUCAAAGUUACAAAAAAUAAAAAAGUUAUUCAAAAAAUUUAUGAUUUUUUGUUAAACAAUGAUAAUAUCAUUUAA